UUUAGGUUUGUUUCAUUAUCAAGUGACUGAAAAAGAUGUCGAGUCUCAGUCAGGAACUGAAGCGCUGGGCUGUUGAGGAGCUUGAGCUGCCAGCAUCCAGACUCCCGGACGACGGCUAUAUGAAGACAUUGUGCGUCGGUCCUGGAGCAUCCAUUUGGAAGUAUAUCACACAACAUGUUUAUAAAGAGAGGAAUGUUCGGGUCGUGCGGGGGAAUAUUCAGUGGUACAAAGUUUUACAAGAUAAAGAGCUUAAACAGUUGAAAAAUCAAAAUAAUGAUGCACGAAAGCUUGAGCUUCAGAGAGAAAUUGAUGCGCUUCAGACUGAACUCAGUCAACUGGACACAAAGAUCACUAGAGUGGAGGAUCAACUUGCUGCUGAAGAGCAAAGCUUAAACAGGAACUGGGACGGCUUUACUGAGAGCAGAUGCAGGCAAAAUCUGUUGGAAUGUUUCAGGCAGCAAUGCUCUGAGGACAGAAAUGCACUGCUAGAGGACACACACGUGAUUGCUGAGCAAAGACAUUCCCUGGAAGAGCUGGCCAAGAAGGCUGAAGUGAGGCUGGUAUUUGGACCAUCUGACCAAUCAGACAAUGAAGCUGGAGCCGACCCCUUAGUUUUAAAGGAUGUGAGAGAGCUCUGCAACGAGAGGGUUCACUUCCUCCAGUGCCUGCUGGAAAGUGAGCUAAAGGCAAAUCCAUCCAUGCAAUUUACUCGAGAUCAAAGGCAUGCUGUGAUCCAGCACUGGACAAGUGCUGUGGAGAAUGUUUUGCAAUCUCAUCCACCAAACCAAGUGCUUUCAGCUUUGCAAGCCUUGACCUCCAGACAGCAGGUGGCACUGGAGGAGAAGAUCACAGCUUUAAAUGUGGAGCGUGACGUUUCAGCUUUAGGGUUUCGUUUUGAGAGCGAUCACCUAAUAGAUGUGUCAUCUGAGCUUGAGGAGUUAACUCCUGUCCGCAGUCUGUUACAGUCUGCCUGGGAGGAGGUGGAACAGAGUUAUUUUGAGUUGGCUCAGACUCGAAGUAGAAGGCGGCAGAUGGAGACUGAACUCACGGCUUUGUUAAGAAAAGCAGAGGCGGCACACAAAACAGACUCUGUGGCCAGGUGUGUGUUUGAGUUGGAGAUGGAGGCAGUGAAGCAGUCGUCAAUUCGGGACAGCAUCAGAGAUCAGUGUGUUCAGCUACAGCAGCAGGCCAGGCAGGGCCAGGAUGCCAUCAGAGCCCUGCAGACGCACUGGCAGACUGUCAUGGACUUCAGACAGCUUGUGAACCGGAGACAAGAGCAGAUACGAAGCCUGAUCAAGGGAAACUCAUCUGUGAAGGCUGAAUUAACACGUGUCCAUGAAGAGGUUGGACAGUUUGUUAAGGACGAGCUCAGUCCUCAGUUUGUCACUGUGAUUGGAGCCAGCAGUGAACAGCGCAACUCUGUGUCUCAGGGGGCCAAGCAUUUUAGCUGUGUAUCACUAGCGGCACUGGAUCGCAGGGUCAUGAAGGGGGGACAGAAGGCACCAGCAGCUCAGCUUUCCAUCCACCGGAUACAAUCACCAGCUUUCCACAAACUCUGUGAAAGCCUCUCAUUUCCCAUGUACAUGGCUCCAGAAGAGCUGUGGUCUCAGGCUGUGACUCGACGGCUGGAGUUCAGAAAUCUGCGCAGGCUUCUUCAGCUUUUCUCAGAUUCAGCCGCAGACCUGCAGAAGCGGACCGCACAGCUGCCAUCACCCGAUCAGCAGACUUUGCUGCAGCGAGUGAAGAUGGAGGAUGAGGAGAUUCUGCAGACGCUGCUCCCUCGGGCUCGUGAGCUCAUGCACAGGUGCUCUAAAGGCCUGCUUUACUCUGAACAAGUGAAGACUGCCAUUACACACUGGUGGGAUCAGCCUGGUCAGUUUGCCCUGCCGGAGAUGCAGAGAGAAGGACUGACCUUCCAGCAGUGGCUCCAGAGGUGGAGACUUGCUACUAAAGAAUCCUGACUUGAUUCUGCAUAAGUUAACAUGUAUCUGUACACAGUUCACACUUGAUCAAUUCUCUCUUAUCUUUGAAUAACCUCAUGAGUAGUAUUGUUUUCUAGUUAUUACUUUGUACAUCCCUGUUCAAGAACUAUUUUAGGCACCUUUUAAUGAAUUUCACAAUAAAUGAGCAAUAAUAGACACUGGAAUAAGGAAGCGGUUUAAUGACUUCUUUUCUGCUGUUUUAAAUUUCAUCAUUCACUCAUUUUUCUUCAGCUUAAUCCCUUAUUUAUCAGGAGUUGCCACAGCGGAAUGAACUGCCAACUAUUCCAGCAUGUUUUAUGCAGCAGAUGGCCUUCCUUGUUGUGUAUUGAUCUCCGUUUCAUAUUUCAUGUAGUAAUGCUGUGAAAUACAGUCGUAAAUUGAUUUUUAUUUGGAUAAGCCUGUUUAAAGUAGCUAAUGAUCGCAUUUAUUUUUCUUCUAUCGCCAAAAUAAAUGUGUGGAUCUAUAGGUAUAUAUAAUUUUUUUUUUUUUUUUUUGAAUCAUGCAGCAAGAAUCUAGCUAUUCAGGUGUGUGAUGCAAACUACACUCCUGUAUUUAGACACUUCAAAACGCCAUUUAUUCUUUUGAUGAUAAACUGUCCCACAAACCAGCAAAAAUCAUUUGAAUAUGCUGAUUUGAUGAUCAAAUAUUGUUAAGACCAGUGUUAGAAAACAUCUGUUCUGCUGACAAAACAAAAAAUACAACCUGUUUUUAGAACCGCAUUAAUUAGUUGUUUUUACUGUUACUAAUGAACCAGAAAUAGCCUUUCCUGAUUGAAAGUAAUCGAUUGACGCACAGAGAGUUAAUUAUAGUCAUUUUCAUGACAUAAGAAUGUAAUCUGUUUGAAAGGCAGAUAAUUAUCUUGUUUUUGUAGACAAAAAGAACGCACCGAUAAACAAAAGCAACAGAGGAGCAAUUGUCAGGACUGGUUUCCUUAUUUGUUAUUUUAAGAGGCAUGACGCAUUCCU